CUUGUAAUAUUUCCUAAAAGGAGCACUGAAAUUUCAUCACUUUCAAAAUUCUAGGACCUCUCCAAAUUCUCUCCUUAAGUCUUCUCUCUUUUCAUUUGCAAAUUUCAGAUUGGAUUCGACGCAUUUUCAAAAUUACGCAAGUCUGAUCUAUUUUUCUAAUGGCUUUAGUGGACAUUGAAACGGACUCGUCAUCCUUCCCAAGUUCUUCUUCUGCUGCUGCCCGACGGAAGUAUGAUGUCUUUCUCAGUUUCAGAGGCGAGGACACCCGCUACAAGUUUAUGGGUCAUCUAUACGAAGCUUUGAUCCAGAAAGGCAUUUUCACCUUUAAGGACGAUGAAAAACUCGAGAGAGGAAAACCCAUUUCACCAGACCUGUUCAAAGCAAUAGAAGAGUCGAGAUUUGCUGUAGUCAUUCUCUCUGAAAACUAUGCAUCGUCAAGUUGGUGCUUAGAUGAACUUGCAAAGAUCAUUUGCUGCAAAAAUGAGACGGGAAUGACAGUUCUGCCUGUUUUUCACUACGUGGAGCCAUCUGAUGUGCGGAAACAAAUGGGAACUUUUGCACUAGCAUUUGCUAAACAUGAAGAAAAGGAGAACAAAGAGAGGGUGGAGAAAUGGAGAGAUGCUUUGACACAAGUGGGAAGCCUUCGCGGAUGGCAUUUAAAGGAUCAUUGGUCUGAGAUAGAAAACAUCAAAGACAUUGUGGGAUGGAUAUCGCUUCACUUGAAAUAUGAUGCAUUACCAUACAUUGCCAAGGACCUAGUAGGAAUAAACUCUCGAAUGGAGGAAUUGGAGGCGCGUUUAGCUUUAGGGUCAAACGAUGUUCGCUUUAUAGGGAUUUGGGGGAUGGGGGGAAUGGGCAAGACAACUCUUGCUAGAGUUGUUUAUUAUAUGGUUUCGAUUAAAUUUGAAGCUUGUAGUUUUAUUGAGGAUGUUAGGGAAAAAUCUGAAAGAGAUGGUUUAGUUGGACUACAACAGAAACUUAUUUCUGAUAUUUUGAAGGAAAAAGAUUUGAAAAUUAGCGAUAAGUAUGAUGGAGUUAUCAAUAUCAAGAAUAGGUUAUGUUGUAAAAGGAUUCUUCUUGUCCUUGAUGAUGUAGAUAAAUUGGACCAAUUGAAAUUCCUAGUUGGGGAGCAUGAUUGGUUUGGUCCGGGCAGUAGAAUUAUCAUAACAACAAGGGAUGAGCAUGUGUUGAAAACACAUGAAGUAAAUGAAAUAUAUGAAGUUGAUGGAUUGAAUGGUGAACAUGCUCUUCAACUAUUUUCAUCAAAAGCCUUUAAAGGCAAACAUGUCCAAGAUGAUUAUUUAGAGCUGUCUAACCAUUUUUUGAAAUAUGCUAGAGGCCUUCCAUUAGCUCUUGAGGUUUUAGGUUCAUUUUUGAUUGGAAAAAGUAUUGCUGAAUGGAAAAGUGCAUUAGAGAGGCUCAAACAAUUUCCUGAGAGAAUCAUUUUCCAAGUACUUAAAAUAAGUUUUGAUGGACUCCAUGACACAGAGAAGGAAAUAUUCCUACAUAUUGCAUGCUUCUUUAACCAUAGGAGGAAAGAUAGUGUAGUAGAAGUAUUGGAUAGUCUUGGCCUUUACGCUGUUAUUGGAUUGAAGGAACUCAUUAAUAAAUCUCUCUUGAAAAUUGAUAGUGCAAAUGAUUUGUGGAUGCAUGAUUUACUUGAAGAAAUGGGUAAGAACAUAGUUUUUCAAGAGUGCCCUAAUGAUUGUGGGAGGCGUAGUAGACUGUGGAAUAAUGAGGAUAUUGAAAACGUGCUGAAAAAAAAUCAGGGAACAGAAGCAGUUCAAGCUAUGAGUAUGGGUAGUAUAUUUCUUGAAGAGCAAGGGGGAACUUGGAACCCUGAUGCCUUUUUGAAGAUGUACAAUCUUAGAUUUCUUGAAGUUUACCAAACUGUCUAUGUCCCUACACAUCUUCCUGGUGAUUUAAGAAUUCUUGAUUGGGUUGGAUAUCCUUCAAAAUCUUUGCCAUCAAGUUUCCAGUCAGACAAGCUUGUUCGACUUUGUUUGCAAGAGAGCCAUAUAGAAAAACUUUGGAUAGGAAUAAAGAAUUUUGAUAAGUUGAAGUUUAUCGACUUGUCCUUCUCCUUGAACUUGAUUAUAUCCCCAGAAUUGACCGGAGUCCCAAAUCUUGAGAUAUUAAAUCUUCACAAUUGUCAAAGUUUACGUGAGCUUCACCCAUCCGUUGCAUUUCUUAAAAAGCUUGUUGUUCUUGAUCUAGCUCGUUGCACAAAUCUAAGUUGUCUUCCAAGAAAUUUUGAAAUGGAUUCCCUCAUUACUCUUGAUCUUUAUUAUUGCUCAAUGCUCAAGAAAAUUCCAGAAUCUGUGGGAAACAUGGAAUGCUUACAAAGUCUUAAUUUGAAUUGCACUCCUAUUAUGGAACUACCUUCAUCAGUUGGAAGCUUGAUUGGUCUGACUUCGUUGGAUUUAAAUGAUUGCAAAAAUCUUGUGUGUCUUCCUAGCACCAUUUGUAGUUUGAAUUCACUUGAAUGUCUUGAUCUUCAUGGGUGCUCAAAUAUUGACAACUUGCCAGAGAACUUAGGGAAUCUCAAAGGUUUGAAAUUUCUUCAUUUGAGUGGAACAGCUAUAGAAGGGUUGCCAUCUUCAAUUGAACGUUUGACUAGCCUUACUUCAUUGACUCUCAAAGAUUGUAAGAAUCUUGUGUGUCUUCCUAGCACCAUUUGUAGUUUGAAUUCACUUGAAUGUCUUCAUCUUUGUGGGUGCUCAAAUAUUGACAACUUGCCGGAGAACUUAGGGAAUCUCGAAGGUUUAAAAUUUCUUGAUUUGAGUGGAACAUCUAUAAAAGAGCUGCCUUCAUCAUUUAAACGCUUGACGAGUCUGACUUCAUUGACUCUUCUUAAUUGCAAAAAACUUGUGUGUCUUCCUAACAUCUUUUGUGGUUUUGAGUUAUAUGGUUCCCUAAAUCUUUCAACAUGCUCAGGAUUUAAAAACUUUCCAGAGAACCUAUGGAUGAUUGAAGAUCUAAAGAAUCUUGAUUUGAGUGGAACAGCUAUAGAAGGGUUGCCUUCUUCAAUUGAACGUUUGACUAGCCUUACUUCAUUGACUCUCAAAAAUUGUAAGAAUCUUGUGUGUCUUCCUAGUACCAUUUGUAGUUUGAAUUCACUUGAAUAUAUUGAUCUUUGUGGGUGCUCAAAUAUUGACAACUUGCCGGAGAACUUAGGGAAUCUCGAAGGUUUAAAAUUUCUUGAUUUGAGUGGAACAUCUAUAAAAGAGCUGCCUUCAUCAAUUGAACGCUUGACGAGUCUGACUUCAUUGACUCUUCUUAAUUGCAAAAAACUUGUUUGUCUUCCUAACACCACUUGUGGUUUUAAGUUAUAUGGUGCUCUAAAUCUUUCAACGUGCUCAGGAUUUAAAAACUUGCCAGAGAACCUAUGGAUGAUUGAAGAUCUAGAGAAGCUUAAUUUGAGUGGAACAGCUAUAGAAGGGUUGCCUUCUUCAAUUGAACGUUUGACUAGCCUUACUAUAUUGACUUUAAGAUAUUGCACAAAUCUUGUGCACCUUCCUAGCACCAUUUGUAGUUUGAAGUUGCUUAAUUCCCUUGAUCUUUAUGGAUGUUUAAAAUUUGUCAACUUUCCAAAGAACAUAGGAAAUAUGAAAGGUUUGGAGGUCAGAUCACUCUCAUUUGAAUUUCCAAUGUCUCAACUGCUUCAAAUUGGUUGA